AUGAAGUACUUUAAGAAGGACAAACCGCUGCCCCUGAGGUACAUCUGGCAAAUCAUCCUAGGCGCUACACGCGAGCUGGACGCUGAGGGUCCUUUGGUAGACCACCACAUUACGGCUGGCACGACGGUGAAAGUAAUCGGGGACACUCAUGGCCAAUACUUCGAUUUCCUGCACCUCCUAACCCUCACUGGCCCCCCAUCCCCCUCUAACGUCUUGCUUUUCAACGGAGAUUGGUCAGACCGAGGAUCAAAGAGCAUGGAAAUUGCCCUAACCCUCUUCGCGUACAAAUGGCUCUACCCUCGUUCGGUGCUCCUCACCCGCGGUAAUCACGAGACGGACAGUAUGAACCAAGUAUACGGAUUUAAGGAUGAAGUCCUAGCAAAAUGCGGUGGACCUACAACGUACGAUCUAUUCAAGGAGAGCUACCUUUCCCUGCCACUGUGCUUCCUCCUUUCCGCCUCUCAACCACCGGCACCCAUCGAAGACCUGCCAUGGGAUGCUGCCGAGGCGCAGACGAAACCCAUCCUGGACAAGGAGACGGGGAAGAAGCGCUGGUUCGUAACGCAUGGUGGGCUUUUCAGUAAAGACGGGGUUACCUUGUCCGACAUUCGCAAGAUCAACCGUCGAACCCAACCAGGCAGCGAAGGGUUAAUGGUCGAUCUUCUCUGGGCUGACCCGCAAGUGGCCCCCGGCCGGGCCCCCUCGAAACGAGGUGUGGGCACCGGUUUCGGCCCAGAUGUAACGCGUGGGUGGUGCGAGUUGAACGGGGUUACUGGCGUGUUGCGUAGUCACGAGGUGAGGAUGGGAGGGUACCAGUGCGAACACGAUGGACUAUGCACUACGGUGUUCAGUGCUCCGCGAUACUGUGGUAGCAUGGAGAACAAGGGGGCCUUUGCUUCCAUCGAUGAGAGGGGGACGUGCAGGUUUACUACAUUCGAGGCCGUGCCGGAAAGCAAGAAUUUGCCCGCCAUGGCGUACACGAAGAAUGGGUUGGGGGGAAUGCUUAGGUAG